UUCCAAAUUCCCGUUUUUUGCCGUUUUUCCAGGAUGGCAGACACGGAUCUUUUCAUGGAAUGUGAGGAGGAGGAGUUGGAGCCAUGGCAGAAAAUCAGCGACGUCAUCGAGGACUCCGUGGUGGAGGAUUACAAUUCCAUGGAGAAAAAUUCCACAGGCUCGCACCCCGCUGCCCAGCCGGGCGCCCAGUCCCUGCUGCUGGCGCAGAGCCCCGCGCCCGGCCUGGGGGCCGUGGUCAGCCAGCCCCUGCUGCGGCCCGUGCAGCUGAUGCAGAACGCCAACCACGGCACCACCCCCCCUGCGGGCACCCAGCCCAUCUUCAUCACCACCCAGGGGUUCCCUGUGCGGAACGUCCGGCCCGUGCAGAGCCCCAUGAACCAGGUGGGGAUCGUGCUCAACGUGCAGCAGGGCCAGACGGUGCGACCCAUCACCCUCGUGCCAGCCCCAGGAGCCCAGUUUGUUAAGCCUGCUGUGGGCGUGCCCCAGGUGUUCUCCCCCGUGGCUCAGGUGCGGCCGGGCAGCGCCAACGCCUUCGCCACCGUCAUCCCGGCCACGCUGACCCUGCGCAGCACCGUGCCCCAGGCCCAGGCACCCCAGCAGAUGAGCAUCGCCAGCUUUGUCACGGUGAAGCGGCCGGGCGUGCCGGGCGAGGCCAGCGCCGGCGGCCCCGAGGUUGCCAAGCUGGUGAACACGCUGGGCACGGUGCCCUCGCUGGCCCACGGCCCCUCCUCGCUGGCCCACGGCCCCUCCUCGCUGGCCCACGGCCCCUCCUCGCUGGCCCACGGCCCCUCCUCGCUGGCCCACGGCCCCUCCUCGCUGGCCCACGGCCCCUCCUCGCUGGCCCACGGCCCCUCCUCGCUGGCCCACGGCCCCUCCUCGCUGGCCCACGGCCCCUCCUCGCUGGCCCACGGCCCCUCCUCGCUGGCCCACGGCCCCUCCUCGCUGGCCCACGGCCCCUCCUCGCUGGCCCACGGCCCCUCCUCGCUGGCCCACGGCCCCUCCUCGCUGGCCCACGGCCCCUCCUCGCUGGCCCACGGCCCCUCCUCGCUGGCCCACGGCCCCUCCUCGCUGGCCCACGGCCCCUCCUCGCUGGCCCACGGCCCCUCCUCGCUGGCCCACGGCCCCUCCUCGCUGGCCCACGGCCCCUCCUCGCUGGCCCACGGCCCCUCCUCGCUGGCCCACGGCCCCUCCUCGCUGGCCAACAGCAGCCCCGGCGCCGGCCAGCGCGGCCCGGCCGCGGAGAGCUCGGCGUCCUCGGCGCCCCUCAAAGGCAGCUCCUCCCCCGUGCCCAGCCUGGACCUGCAGGAUGGAGGCAGGAAGGUCUGUCCCAGGUGCGACUCCCAGUUCCGCGUCACCGAGGCGCUGCGGGGACACAUGUGUGUAAGUGACCCUGCCCCUUUCCACCUGGGGAAUGUCCACAGUCCCUACGAGUCCUCCACCAAGUGCAAGAUCUGUGAGUGGGCAUUCGAGAGCGAGCCGCUCUUCCUGCAGCACAUGAAGGACACUCACAAGCCUGGGGAGAUGCCCUACGUGUGCCAGGUGUGCCAGUACCGCUCCUCGCUGUACUCGGAGGUCGACUCCCAUUUCCGCCUCAUCCACGAGGACACGCGGCACCUGCUCUGCCCCUACUGCCUCAAGGUGUUCAAGAACGGCAACGCCUUCCAGCAGCACUUCAUGAGGCACCAGCCCCAACCCCAAAACCCACCAGCAGAACCAGCCCAAAAAGACCCCGAGCCCUCCAAAAAGGAGCAGCUGUCGGUGAAGAAGCUGCGCGUGGUUCUGUUCGCGCUCUGCUCCAGCACCGAGCAGGCGGCGCAGCAUUUCCGAAACCCCCCGCGCCGGAUCCGCCGCUGGCUGCGGCGCUUCCAGGCCUUCCACGACGACCACCCCGAGCUCUCCGAGGGCAAGUACCUCAGCCUGGAGGCCGAGGAGAAAUUGGCAGAGUGGGUUCUGACCCAGCGGGAGCAACAGCUGCCGGUCAACGAGGAAACGCUUUUCCAAAAAGCCACGAAAAUCGGGAGGUCUUUGGAAGGGGGGUUCAAGAUUUCCUACGAGUGGGCGGUGAGGUUCAUGCUGAGGCACCACCUCAGCACCCACACGCGCCGCGGCGUCGCCAACCCUCUACCCAAAGAGAUCCAAGGCAACGCCGGCGCCUUCAUCGAGUUCGUGCAGCGCCAAAUCCACCGGCAGCGCCUUCCCUUGGCCAUGAUCGGCGCCGUGGAUGAGAUCUCCCUGUUUUUGGAUGUGGAGGUUUUGGGCAGCGACGAGCGCAAGGAGAGCGCGCUGCAGACGGUCGGCAACGGAGAACCUUGGUGCGAGUUGGUGUUGACCGUGUUGGCCGACGGCAACGUCCUCCCGGCUCUGGUCAUCUCCAGAGGUCACCACCCCACUCCGGCCACCAUUCCCGACUCCAUCUUGUUGGAAUCCAAGGAGAACGGAUGCGACGACGACGAGAUCAUGGAGUUGUGGGCGGCCAGGGUGUGGAGGAAACACACGGAAUGCCGAGGCGGAUCCCCUUCCAAAGGGAUGUUGGUGCUGGAUUGUCACCGGACCCACCUGUCCGAGGAGGUGCUGGCCGUGCUCAGCGCGGCCGGAACGCUCCCGGCCGUCAUCCCGGCGGGGUGCAGCUCCAAAAUCCAACCUUUGGACGUCUGCAUCAAGAGGUCCUUAAAAAAUUUCCUGCAAAAAAAAUGGAAAGAACGAGCCAAAGACCUGGCGGAUUCCGACUCCUCCGCGCUGCUCCAGCUCCUGCUGGGGUGGUUGGGAGAAGCUCUGGAAAUCCUCGGGAAUUGCCCGGAGUUAAUCCGGAAAUCUUUCCUGCUGGCCAGCGUCUUACCGGCACCGGCCGGCAAUUCGGCGUCGCCGCGGAGGAACGGCGACGAGCAGGAAGAGCUGAUCGCCGCCAUGGAGGAGAGGUUGGAGAUCGCCAAAAGCCGGGAAUCGUCGCCGGAAUUGCCGGAAAACGACGACGCCGAGGCCGAUCCCGAAAUCCUGCACCAGCUCUUCGAGGGCGAGAGCGAGGCCGAGUCCUUCUACGGAUUCGAGGAGGCCGAUUUGGAGCUGAUGGAAAUCUGAGAAUUCCCGGAAAAUUUAAAAAAAAAAAAAUUAAAAGAAUUUUAAAAGUGGGGGAAAAAAAAAAAUAAAUAAAAAAAGGACGGAUUCAUGCCGGAAAUGGCCGGAUUGAAGGGAUGUUCCGUGGUUUUGGGUGUGGAAAUGCAAGGAUUCUCCCGCUUUUUGGGCACAAAAAGUGGAGGAUGUUCCCGAUUUUUGGAGGUCCAAGCUCACCCCAGAAAUUCAGGGAUAUUCCCAAAUUUUGGCCCUAGAAAUUCAAGGAUUUUCGCAAAUUUUUGGCCCCAAAGUUCAAGGAUAUUCCCAAAUUUGGAGGACCAAACUCUCCCCAGAAAUUCAAGGAUAGUCCCAAAUUUUGGCCUCAAAAUUCAAGAAUAUCCCCAAAUUUUUGGCCCCAGUGUUCAGGAAUAUUCCCAAUUUUUGCCCCAAAUUUCAAGGAUAAUUCCCAAUUUCUGUGCCCAAAAUUCAGGAAUAUCCCCAAAUUUCUGGCCCCAAAACCAAGGACAUCCCCAAUUUUCGGAACAUCCCAAUUCCCAAGGGAUUUUUUUGGGAUUGCCAAUUCUGGAUUUGCCGUUUCCGCCGA